CAGUAGAAAAAUGCUGGCCAUGUACAUAUAAGUCCUCCUGAGGCAAGUCUCUAAAAUACAAAAGGGUGCGUUUUACGCACGCCCAUUUCCUCCACCAAGCGAAAGGAAAGAGAGCUUCAGACACUUUUACAGAAACAAUGGAGACUGAGAAACCAUUGCAGGGUGAAAAGAAAUAUGCUGCUGAUAUUUUAUCGAUAAAGGAAGCACAGUUCCGUAUCAACCCAUACAUUCAUAGAACCCCAGUUCUGUCCUCGGAAUCUCUAAAUUCUAUUUCUGGGAGGAGACUCUUUUUCAAGGGUGAAUGUUUUCAGAAGGGCGGAGCUUUUAAAUUCCGAGGUGCUUGUAAUGCUAUAUUUUCGCUUGGGGACGAUGAGGCUAUUAAAGGGGUUAUUACUCAUAGCAGUGGUAACCAUGCUGCAGCGGUGUCUUUGGCUGCAAAGCUGCGCGGAAUCCCUGCUUAUAUUGUUAUACCGAAAAAUGCUCCAAACUGUAAGGUUGAGAAUGUCAAGCGUUAUGGUGGCCAGGUUAUUUGGAGCGAACCAACGAUGAAGUCAAGAGAGAGCAUUGCUACCAAGAUGCAACAAGAAACUGGUGCUGUCCUGGUCCACCCAUUCAACGAUGGACGUAUCAUAAGUGGGCAGGGUACUAUAUCACUCGAACUAUUGGAGCAAGUCCCGGAAAUCGACACCAUAAUCGUUCCGAUCAGUGGUGGUGGUUUAAUUUCUGGGGUGGCAUUGGCUGCAAAGGCCAUCAACCCUACCAUUCGUGUUUUGGCUGCUGAGCCAAAAGGCGCUGAUGAUGCGGCUCAAUCCAAGGCUGCAGGAAGGAUUGUAAUGUUGCCUGAAACCAACACCAUUGCUGAUGGGCUUCGAGCUGUUCUUGGAGAUCUCACAUGGCCGAUAGUGCGAGACUUAGUGGAUGACAUCAUCACUGUGGAGGAUGAGGAAAUUGUACAAGCCAUGAGAAUGUGCUAUGAGAUUCUGAAGGUGUGUGUGGAACCUAGUGGGGCCAUCGGACUUGCAGCCGUUUUGUCUACCAGGUUCCAUCAAAAUCCAGCUUGGAAGGACAGUAACAACAUCGGAAUCAUUCUCUCUGGAGGUAACGUAGAUCUUGGUCCACUGUGGGAAUCAUAUAAUAAAUGAAGAUCAAAAUUUCGUCGCCUAUUUUGCACUCCCUUUCCUGUCACAAUGGUAAUGAGUUACAUUCAUUUGAACAGGAAAAGCAAAAUAUAAGAUCCGUUUUUUAGUAACAAAUAAUAUUUUGUUUGGACAGUUUAAUGAGAUGGUUAAGAGGCUUUUUCUUUCC